UUUCCAGUGGACAACCCGUUUUCCUGCCCGUGGAUCUUUGAUAUUUCUGUAUCUCUUACUGUAGGAGGAGUGGCUUGGGAGGGAAUUUUGUAGCACCGCUCUCCACCCCGGAGCUAAACAAGGCCUCCUGGCCACCGCGGGAGAAGGGGAGCUUGCCUCAGAGCAGAGAGCAGCCGAGGGAACGGUGCCCCAGGCCUGCCCCGUACACCCGCAGGAAGGGCUCAGUGGGCAGGCGUCUCCCCGCAGCUCCGAGAGCACCGAGCUAAGAGGUAGUAGACCCACAGCGGUCCCCAAUCUGUGGCAUUCCGCCCGCCAGCUGGAGGCACCCGGGCUGCGCAGACACCUGGCGCAGUCGGGGCAUGGGGAUCACCUGGCCCUGCAAUCGGCGAUAAUUCGCUCUCGUUGGGAUCCUUACCCCGGACGGGACGCGCCCACUUCCCAAUCAGUACUUCACCGCAGAGGAAGCCUCUUUCCAGGUCACCCGAGGGUGUCUGUGCCAGGCUCUGGGUGCGGAGAGGCCCCUUGGCGGGGACUCCGGACAAGAGGCCGGAGUGGAAGGGCGUGCAGGGUGGCGCGGGCCUCUGGGGCCCUGGCCCGGCAGCCCCCGCAGUCCCGGGCGAGCCGCCUAUUUAGGGCGCGGCAGCGGGCGGAGCUACUGAGGCUGCGCUUAUGGCUGCGCUGGGGGACGAGGUGCUGGACGCUUACAUGUACCCGGCGUGCGCCCCCUACUCGUGCCCGUACCCCUACCCGCCGGCCCCCAAGGGCAAGGGCGCUGCGGCCCGGGACGGCUGGCGGCCCCGAGGCGGGGGCUACCCUCCCGCCGCCGCCUCGUCGUCCUUCCCGGGCUACGGGCAGCUGACGGCCGCCGAGUACUUCGACAGCUACCAGCGGGCGCAGCUCAUGGCCCUGCUGUCGCAAGUGAGUCCUGGCCUCGGCCCGCGGCCCCGCAGGCCCAGCAGCCGCGACGUGGCCGUGCAGGUGAACCCGCGCCGCGACGCCUCGGUGCAGUGCUCGCUGGGGCGGCGCACGCUGCCGCGCAGGGCCCGCGACCCCGAGCCCCCGGCUUCCCCGCAGCCCGCCCGCCGGGCGCCCGAGCCGGCCAGCUCCCCGCGGCCCGUGCGCUUCCCGCGCACCGUCGCCGUCUACUCGUCCGUGGUCUCCCGCCGCCUCGCCGCCUUGCUGGAGGGGACCGAGGAGGCGGACGGCGAGCAGAGGCCCGGGGCGCCGGAGGGAGAGCGAGGGCUGCCGCCCGCCAGGCCCCAGGGCCCCGAGGACGGAGAAGCGUCGGCGACGGAGGCGCCCCAGCCGCCUGGCUCUCAGGAGGAGGACGAGGCCCAGGCCGCGGUGCGCGCGAGCUGGGAGCAGCCCGCCGACCGGCCCAGGCUGCCGCCGCGGGAGGCCCAGGGAGGCGAGGCGGCCCCCGGCAGCCCCGAGCAGCCGCUGGCGACCGGGAGGACCCCGGACGGCGGUGACCAAGGCGAGACGACGACCGCUCGAGAGAAGGUCGUGGAGCCGGGCAAGGAGCGCCUGCGCUUCCAGUUCCUAGAGCAGAAAUACGGCUAUUACCACUGCAAGGACUGUAACAUCCGCUGGGAGAGUGCCUAUGUGUGGUGUGUGCAGGGCACAAACAAGGUUUACUUCAAACAGUUUUGCAGAACUUGUCAGAAGUCUUACAACCCCUACCGCGUGGAGGACAUCACCUGCCAAAGUUGCAAACGUACGAGGUGUUCCUGCCCGGUGAAACUUCGCCACGUGGACCCUAAGCGGCCCCAUCGUCAAGACUUGUGUGGGCGAUGCAAAGGCAAACGCCUAUCCUGUGACAGCACGUUCAGCUUCAAGUACAUCAUCUGAGACAGUGCAGAGCAGGCCGGGCUGCGGCGUGCUGCGGGGCAGGCCCGGGGCGUCCUCCUGGGCUCCCCCUCCCUCACAGUACUUCCAAAGGCAGUAUGUUUUGACAGAGCCUCCAAAUAAAGGUAUUGCAAAACGA